GAAAGGAUUGUCCAGGUUCAACUGCUCGUUAGUCGAGUGAAAAUUGGCGUCCGAAAAACGUGGUCAUCGUACUGCUCUGCCGAGGCUAUUCCAAAUUUGCUGUGUGAAUAUUAAUUAGAACGAGUAGUGUACAAUGAAGAAUCUAUUGUUUGUGGUCGCCCUGACGGGCGUGGUUGCAUCCGUGAGUGCGAAUUUCUGCUUCGUUUGCAACAGCCGAGAAGACCCGUACUGUUUGUCUCCCGAGGGAACCCUCUUGAUGCGGGAUUGUAACGCAGCAAACAACAACACUUGCUUCACUCGGAUAGUCAACCGUGAAAUCGAGCGAGGUUGUUCGGCAACCAUGAGCGUUGCAGAUUUAACCAACUGCAACAGUGACACCAAUUGCGAGCUCUGUCAUGACGUUGCAAACCAAGGUCGAUGCAACGGACUGAUUUUCCCGGAGCACAGACUUCACUGCCAUCAGUGUAUUGGAGCGGCCAAUGAUACCUGUGGACAAGAGAUUACAACAACUCCCCGACUUUGUCGAUUCUUUGAUGCGGAAGAUCAGUGCUUCACAAGCGUCGUUGAUGGUACGGUCGAGCGCGGAUGCCUCUCUCAGAGCGAUUUCUGCCGAGUUGAACAAUCCUGCACCCUUUGCGAUGGACACGGAUGCAAUUUCAGACACCACACGGAUGCUGCCAUGAGCAUUAUUGUGUCGAUUAAAACUAUUGCAAUGGCACUGCUAGCCGCAAUGGCCUACGGUAGCUUCAGACAGUAAUCGCACGAUUGCGAUUGACAUAAUUCGCAUUUAAUCUAAAGUUCAAAUGCAGUGUUCGGUUCAUAGAAAGUAGAUAUUUUCGUCCGUUGCGAAGC